GUGGAGUUCCAAUAUGGCCGACCGUUGGCUUCAAAGGCUCAUAAUGGAAAUAAAUAGCAAAUGCAACUGUGGUUUAUAUACAUCGUUGGUUACAGUGUAAUUUACAGGAACUAACUCUUAGUACUGCCUACCACAUAAACUACCCGGAAAACUGACACACACACAAGCAGCACAGACAGGUAGAGUUCGUUUUCUGAGAGCUGAAGUGUGUACCUGAUAAACACGACAAUGGCUAAACGUUGUAGCUGUUUCCAACGGCUUUUUAUCUUCUUCAACGUGCUGUUCGCGAUUGCUGGAGGUGUGAUUAUCGGCCUGGGACUUCUGGGUCAAUUCAUCUACCAUGGCAGUACUGAAGAGUUUGAGAACCAGUCCAAAGGGUUUGUCGUGCUGUAUGUGGUAGGAGGCAUCACCAUGUUCAUGUCUCUGCUUGGGGCGUACGGAGCACACAGAGAGAAGAGAAUUCCCCUGAUCAUGUUUCUGGUAGCCUGUUUUAUUGUCUGCUUCUGCCUCCUGCGUGUGGCGGUGCCCACAGCCAUGUACCGUCCUGAGGUAGAGAGGAUUGUGGAGGAGAAGUUCCGUGAGGUCCUGCCUCUGAACGAAGCCUCCCCUGAUGUUAGACAGCUCACUGAGAAGUUUCAGCUGAAUUUGAAGUGCUGUGGGCUGUUCGGUUACACAGACUGGGGCGACAACGUCCCUGACUCCUGUCUCUGUCAGGGUGAGGAAGAUCUGAUAGAGGGUACAUGCCAGAACAUUCCAUACCAGUUGUUGAUCCUUUCAGAGUUCAGGAUGACUGGACACCUGACUGGACACCAGAAGCUGAUCUACAAACAGCCCUGCUUCCCCAUCAUCGAGGGCUACGUGGCUAAAGUUCUGGACAUCGUGUUGGGCGUUUUCUUCGGAUUCGCUGCUCUGGCUCUCCUGGGAGUGGUGAUGUCUGCCGUCCUGCUGGCUCAGCUGAGGAGCUCUAACGUAGCUGUUCCUGUGGUGUUCAGUGUCAGCUCUCACCCGUCCAAGUUCAGCUUCAGUUCCCACCCGCCCAAGUACAGCGAGCUUUACAACGAGCCUGAGAAGCACGAGAAGUGAAAAGCAGGCUGAGGUUCAGGAUGCUGAGGUUCAGGAUGUGGUUAGUUAGAUGACAUGGUUUAGGCUGUUGUUCAGUCUGGCUCAGCAUAGAAAUAUAACUACUAGAAUGGUUAAAGCCCCACAGACCUCGGCACUAUGACUGCACCACCAUGGGGUAUGAUCAAUAUAGUUGAAUGGGGAUUGUCUUUCUAGUGAUCUAUUUCUAUGGUGUCCAGACUCGCACUGUUUUCCUUCCACAUCUUCUUAUGGUUGUUGUGUGUUUUUCAACGAGAGGUCUCCUUAACUCUCUUCCUGACUGUCAAACCAAAAGGAAGGUGCUACUUCCUUCUGUAUGUCAUUUGCUUUGAUUUGAGUUCUACGUUUAAGAAAAUCACCACAGGUGGUUUUAUACAUAUGCAGGGAGUUCUUAGUAAAAUGGUUGCGAAACGUUCCUUUUUAUUUGCAGAAUGAGACACAAUGAAUUGGCAGGGUGUUUUGAAAAGAGGAUAAUGCAAAGAGAGUACAACUCUGAGAUAGUAAGGACAGAAUGUUAUUUCCAUAUGACUUUGAAUGUCAAAUCAUUUGCGUUGUAACUGCAAUAAUAAAGGGAAAUGAAAGUGAAGGUUGACAAAGAGAUAUGGGAAAAUAAAUAUCUGUAGCUGACGUCCUUUGUUUUUUGCAAUGAAAUUACAUUUUUUUAAUGUUUUGCUAUGAACUGUAAAUCCUUACAUGAAAUAUACAACAUGCCAACUGUCUUGCUCUCUUUUUCUAAAUAAAACAUCUGUCUUCUA